AUUGAUGUAUCAGAAGAAAAUAAUAGUAAUUGGUUAAUGUUUAUGAAGCCAGCUAGGAACAAAGAAGAACAAAAUGUGAUAGCAUACCAAGCCAAAGAUUGUAUAAUGUUUGUGACUAUUAAAGAUAUUGAACCACAAGAAGAAUUGUUAUUCUGGUAUUCUAAGGAAUAUGCUAAACAUGUUGGUAAGUCACAACCAUUAUCCUGCAUAUUGUCAUUUUUUAGACAGGAGAUGUCUUGCAAUAAGAAAUAUUGUGGGAUAUUAUUAAUGACAUUAUUAAAACAUCAGAGACAAAAACAUAAUGAAAUACCAAUUAAAAAUCACAAAUGUCAGUAUUGUGAUAAACCAUUUGGAACCAUGGGAAAAGUGAAGAGACACAUCAUUACUACUCAUACUAAUAUAAGACCAUUUAAAUGUCUGCAAUGUGGAAAAGAGUUUGCUGAUAAAAGUAAUUUACGAGGCCACGAAAAAAUACAUUCAGGUAGUGAAAGGCAGUUUAAAUGUACUCUAUGUGAGAAAUCAUUUCGACAAAAGGCUCAUUUAACAUCUCAUAUGUAUAUUCAUACUAAAAUAAAAGGAGUGCCAUGUCCUCAUUGUGAUAAAAUGUUCUCUCGGAAAGCAGAUAUGAUGCAGCAUACUAUCGUACAUACUCAAAAGAAAAUAUAUCAAUGUGAACAGUGUAGUAAAAUAUUCUAUAAACAACAGACAUACAAAAAACAUCUCAGAAUUCAUACCAAUGAGAAAAACUAUGAAUGUGAAUCAUGUCAGAAAAAAUUUCAUACCAAAUAUCAUCUACAACGACAUUUUAAAAGUUGUAAAAAUUUAAAGAUGAACACAAUGUUAGAUAAACUAAGUGAAAGACAUAAAGAUAAAUCAGAGGAAAACUCAAUU